AACGAAAGCCUCAGGCGGCUAUCAUUUGCUUGGAACUUGCAAACUUGGUUUAUGGCUGCGCUCUCCGUGAUCCCAUCGCCCACUCGCCCUCGCUCUAUCCGUCUACCUCGUUUCGUCUCUCCAUUCGGCCCAGAGCCACGGCCGUCGUGUGCUUCGUUUCCAACGGCGACCCCCCCAGUACCAUUCUCCGCAUUCCGAUCACGACGCUCGCUGCUGGUUACCACGUUGGCGAACACGCGUGUCGCGCCGUCACGAACUGCUCUCGCGAGCGGCCAUUCUGCCUCGCGGCCGGCUUCCAGCGCCGCUUUCCGAACGGCUCCACCGUACCGUGGUCUCAACAUUCCCCCAACCCCCUCCUUCGGGAGCUCCCUCACUCCCGACUCUACUCUGUCCCGAGCUUUCCCUUCAUCGUUCGUCCCGUCACGCCCUAUCGUCUCCUGGAGCCUCCGCGUGCCGCCCUUGGUCCGUCCUAGCGCCCAUCCUGCGCCAUUCCCCUCAUCCUGCUUUGUCUUCCCCUUCCCUCCUCCUCCCCCGGCCUGCGUGUCCGCCUUUCCGCCUCAUUCCCCCCACUACAUGCCCCCCUUCCCCCUGCCCGUAUGGCAAUCCGUGCGCCACAGAGGAAAGCGGGGAGGGCGGAAUGGGGCGACGGGGGAAAACGGUGGGAAUGUGGGGAGCACGGGGAAUGAGGAGAUAUUGGGGGCGGAGGUGAAGGUGAAGGGUGCGAAGAGGGAGGCGUUGGAUGAACAGGGGAGCCGAUUGUUGGUUUUAUCAGGAGAAUCUAGUAAUUCAGUCAAAGGAGAGGAGGGAGGAGAUGCGGAUCAGCGCCAGAUUGACAUUUCUCUUUAUGUUUCUCCUCCACUUCCACCUGCUGCUGCCGCUGCUGCUGCUGCUGCUGUCACUGCUCCUGCUUCGGCCUUUCCUCAUGCUGGUGAUAACGCAACCUUGAGCCUUGCCGAUGCUUCCACGGACGGCAUUGCCGGUGCUGACGUGGCUAUGAACAGUAGCAAUGUUCAGAGAACCAGGGGAAGAGGAAGAGGCAGAAGCAGAGGCAGUGGAGGUAAUGAGAGCAGUGGAGGUGAGGGGGAUCUGACCCGGCACUACAGGCAGGUGAAGAAGCGGCGAGGAGGGGGAGGUGUGGACGGGGAUGGAGGGGUGCCAGGCGACGGUGGAAGAGGUAAAGGGAAGCAAAGUGCAGCGCCACCUGCGUCAGAAGAACUAGUACAUGCACCUGCUGCUGCUGCUGUACCUGCUGCUGCUGCUGCACCUGCUGCUGCUGCUGCACCUGCUGCUGCUGCUGCACCUGCUGCUGCUGCUGCAACUGCUGCUGCUGCUGCACCUGCUCCUGCUGCUGUACCUGCUGCUGCUGCUGCACCUGCUGCUGCCGCUGCUGCUGCUGGGGGUUGUGCAGAAACGGAAUCGGAUCGUCGCAAGUGGCGGUGGCGGCAGCUGGGAGUGGGGGAGGGCGAGCUAGACCUGCACCUCACCUUCGCCACCGGACAGACGUUCAGGUGGGUGGAAACAGGCCCAGGGGAGUUUUCAGGUGUCGUGGCCAAUCGCCUGGUCACCCUGCGGCAGUCAGUGCCCCUGGGCCCUGUCUCGGUGUGCGUCCAUCCUCCUGCCAUGACGGCGAAAGAGGAGCGAGAGGAUGAGGGUGAAGGGGACGGGUGUCGUGGUGAUGCGGCGGUGAUGGAUGCUGCCGGUGCGUUGUCCACGGCACAAGGGCGGGUGAGGGAGCAGGAACAAGGCGAGUGCCAGGCAGAGGGGCGAGCAGAGGAAGAGCGGGAAACAGCCGUUCUGAGAACAAUGCCUGACAAUGGCACCGAUGCUGCUGCUGCCCCUGCUGCUGCUGCUGCUGCUGCUGCUACUGCUACUGCUGCUGCUCAUGCAAGUGGGGAGGGGGGUUCUGGAGCAGCAGAGGCAGCAGUGAUGGCUGCCGUGGAAGAUCUGUUGAACCUCCACGUGAACACACUCGACCUGUACCGCGAGUUUGCAGAGUGUGACGCGCACUUUGCAUCCCUCCUCCCCAUGAUCACGGGCUACCGAAUCCUCCGACAGGAUCCAGUGGAGUGUCUCUUUCAGUUCAUCUGUUCCUCCAACAACCACAUCUCCAGAAUAUCAUCCAUGGUGGAGGUGCUAUCCCAGCAGGGACCCCUUGUAGCCCACAUUAACGGCCAGCCCUUUCACGCCUUCCCCUCGCUUUUGCGCCUCACCGGACUAACGGAGGAAUAUUUGAGGGCCAAUGGGUUCGGCUACCGGGCUGCCUUCAUCGUGCAGACUGCAUCUCAGCUUCACCAAAUGCAAGCCACCAGCGGCAUCACUGGCAGUGACUGGCUGCAGGCGAUGCGGCAGCAGGGCUGGCAGGAGGCGGAGCGGCAGCUGUGCGAGCUGCCAGGCGUGGGGCCCAAGGUGGCGGCGUGCGUGGCGCUGCUGUCGCUGGACCAGCACGCUGCCGUGCCCGUCGACACACACGUGUGGCAGCUCGCUCAGAGACACUACGCCAGCAGCAUCAAGGGCAAGACCCUGACCGCCCGAGUGCGCGUGCAGCUCACCCAAGCAUUCGAGCAGGUGUUCGGGCCCAUGUGCGGGUGGGCCGUCAAUGCCAUGUUCGCCUCUGAGCUCCCCUCCGUCAAGGCACGCUUCUCCUCACGCAACCCAGCCGCCUCGUAGCGCACUGUAUUGGUUGAGGUGGCUCUUCAGGUGCUUGAUAGACUUCUCAUCAAACAGUGGUACUGUAUGUGGCCCCAUGUGCGGGUGGGCUGUGAAAUUGCGACCACCAUGUUUGCCUCUGAGCUGCCCUCCAACUAGUCAUGCUUCGCAGCAAGCGAUGUUACGACCUAACCGGAAAACAAGCACUCCUCUGAGUGUACUGCCUAGUCAAAUGUCUCCAAAUAUGUACCAAGUGGCUUGUAUGGUGAU